AUGUGCAAUUCCAAGCAAGACAAACCGUCGUCACCAGAACCGCCUUCCUCAUCUUUUUAUUAUCAUUUUGCAGCAGAGGAGAGAGAGAGCCAGCAAGAAAAGGGUGAUCGGGACUGUUUUCGGGCACCAUUGACGACUGGCGGUUAUUCUGACGAUUAUCCCAAUGACGGCGACAUCCGCGGGUCUAGACUGGGGAGGGCGAGGGCGACGGGCAACUGUGCGGUUCCGGGCGGAGACGUAUCCGGGGGUGGAGACAAUCAGGCUGAGGCCAAUGCGCGAGUGGAUCAGACCCUGUACAAGAUCCUUGAUGACUUUGACCUCAAGGCAACGCACUUCUGGAUCCUGGGCGAGCUCGGCUGGACAAUGCUGAAGGACAACAGUAAUAGCCUUUACAUUUCUGACUCGCCUUACGAUUCGUUUCCCGCAUCCCGCGAAAACUCUUGUAUAUAG